AUUGACCUGGCCUCAAAACGACGUCGUUUUGGGCCAGGUUAAAAAUAAAAAAAUAAAAAAAUAAAAAACAGAACAACACACACGCACAGCACUGCACAGAUUCAUUUUCUCCUUCAUUCCCAAUUCCACAGCAGCCCCUCUCUUCCCAUCCUCUCAAACCCUAACCUCCCAACCUUGGACAACCUCCAUCAACUCUUCACCGGUGGCCCAGUGCCGAUCACCACCACCUUCUACCGCCGUCCGCCGCCCAUUUUUUAAACUACAAAUUUAUGGAACGAUUCUUUAAAAGAAAAUUAUCUACGGAUAGUUCUUCUCUGUCUAAUCCGGGUAGUUCAAAUGCAAGACCAAUUGAAGUAGAUGAGAUCUUAGCUAAUCUUCAAGCAGACCCUGGACUAAGAACUCGAAUGGCGGAUUAUAGUCCUAAUAUUCGGGAUGAGAUCCGAAGAGCAUAUCUACAAAAGAGACCUUGUCAACCUAGAAGUUAUAAAUUCCCACAAACUAAUCAAUCAGGAAUUAAUAGACGCUUCAUUGCUCAUUGGUUUGAUGAUCAUGAUUGGUUGGAAUAUAGUAUUGCUAAAGAUGCUGCGUUUUGUCUUCAUUGUUAUCUCUUCAAAUCUAAUUUUGAUCAAGUGGGUGGUGAUGCAUUCACUGGGGUAGGCUUCAAUAAUUGGAAGAAGGCGAAAGAAAGAUUUAACCUUCAUAUUGGACCGGUUGGUAGUGUUCACAACCAAGCUAGAGAAGUUGCUUACAAUUUGAUGCAUCAAACUACACACAUUGAAACAAUUGUGAUCAAGCAAACAAGCCAAGCUCGCACGGCUUAUCGCACUUGCUUGAAUGCAUCACUUAAGUGCACUAGGUAUUUGUUGCGGCAAGGGCUUUCUUUUCGUGGUCAUGAUGAAAGUGCACAAUCAAGUAAUAAAGGGAAUUAUUUAGAGCUCUUGCAAUUUCUUGCGGAUCAUGAUGAAAAAGUUAAGGCCGUUGUGUUGGAAAAUGCUCCGGAAAAUUUAAAGUUAAUAGCUCCUUCAAUUCAAAAAGAUCUUGUCAAUUCUUGUGCCAAAGAAACCAUUGAUCUUAUCUUGAGUGAUGUAAAAGAUAGAUAUUUUUCAAUAAUGGUGGAUGAAGCACGUGAUGUUUCAAUAAAGGAGCAAAUGGCGAUGGUGUUGCGUUAUGUGAAUGACAAAGGACAAAUAAUUGAAAGGUUUGUGGGGGUUCAACAUGUAACCGACACUACUUCAAGUGCACUAAAGGAAGCAAUUGAUGAAUUCUUUUCUUCCGCGAAUUUGAGCUUUUCCAAGCUACGAGGACAAGGUUAUAAUGGAGCUAGCAAUAUGAGAGGUGAGUUCAAUGGCCUUAAGACAAAGAUUUUGAGAGAACAACCUUGUGCAUUUUAUGUUCAUUGCUUUGCUCAUCAACUUCAACUAGCUCUUGUUGCGGUAGCAAAGAAAAACAUUGAUGUCAACUCUUUUUUCACAACGGCUAAUAGUUUGGUUAAUGUUGUUGGAGCAUCUUGUAAGCGCCGCGAUGCACUUAGAGCACAAUACCAAGAAGAGCUUGUGAGAGCUUUUGAAGAUGAUUGUCUUAUAACGGGGCGGGGCUUAAAUCAAGAAAGGACUCUCAUACGUGCCGGCGAUACACGAUGGAACUCACAUUAUGCAUUGCAAAAGAAAGAUCAAGACAUUGUGAGUGCAAUGAAUUUAGUGAAAACAUGCAAGGAAAACCUGCAGUUGAUGAGGGAUAAUGAGUUUGAAGAAUUGGUUGAGCAAGCGUAAUGCUCCAAUGAAGACAAAUUAUCAUCGUUAUCGUGUGGAGAUCUUUAUUCAUGUAAUUGAUGGGCAACUUGCGGAGUUAAAUGAUCGCUUCAACGAGGUAAGUACUGAGUUACUUACUUGUUUGGCAUGCUUGAGUCCAAAAAAUAACUUUGUGGCUUUUGACAAACGAAAGCUAGUUCGUCUUGCUCAAUUUUAUCCUUAUGAUUUUUCGGAUAGAGACUUAUUGAUGCUUGAAGAUCAACUUGGUGUUUAUGUUCAUCAUAUGCGUUCGAGUAGUGAUUUUUCUCAAUUGGAAGGGAUAAGUAGUCUUGCGGAAAAAAUAGUGGAGAAAGGAAUGCAUGAAAUAUUUCCUUUUGUGUAUUUGCUUCUUACGUUGGCUUUGGUUUUACCGGUUGCAACUGCAUCAGUGGAGAGGGCAUUUUUCGCUAUGAAUAUUAUUAAAAAUCCACUUCGCAACAGAAUGGGAGAUCAAUGGUUGAAUGAUAGCUUGAUUGUUUACAUUGAGAGAGAUGUUUUUGCUUGUAUUGAUAACGAAAUUAUAAUGCAACGUUUUCAGAAUAUGAAAACUCGUCGUGGACAAUUGUAACUUGUAUUAUUGGUUUUGUUAUGAAUUAUGAAUGGAAGUACUAUCUUUCUAUCUUUUUAGCA